AUUAGUAUAAAAGCAAUAGAACGAUUUAAUUUGAACAUUAGUUCAAAAUUAAGAACAAAACAAGAUUAACACAAUGAAGGUUUUCGUUUGUGUUUUGGCUGUUGCCAGCAUUUUGGCCACAGCUAAUGCCGGAUUUUUGGGAUUACUAGGAGGUGGUGGUGGUGGCGGCUACGGAGGUGGCGGUGGCUACAGUGGUGGUGGUGGCGGCUACGGAGGUGGCGGUGGUGGCGGCUACGGAGGUGGCGGUGGUGGCCACGUUGAUGUUUACAAAAUCAUCACUACUACUUCCGGCGGUGGUGGCGGCUACGGUGGUGGCGGCUACGGUGGUGGUGGCGGCGGCUACGGUGGUGGCGGCGGUUAUGGUGGCGGUGGCUACGGUGGUGGUGGUAGCUACGGUGGUGGUGGUCAUGGCGGAAGUUCUGGCGGUCAUGUCAGUGUUUAUAAAAUCAUCACCACUUCCGGCGGCGGUGGUCAUGGCUAUAGCGGAGGCGGCGGCUACGGUGGUGGCGGUCACGGUGGCGGCUGGAGUUCCGGUGGCGGCUGGUAAACACUUCUAAUUUAUCUCGUUUUAGUAGAUAGAAACGUUAAUUUAGAAAAACGAAUAAAAACUUUAUCAUUAUUUAAA